AUGGAAAUAAUUGAUGUAUGUGAUGAAGCAGAAAUGAUUGAUGCAUGUGGUGAGAUGAAAAUGAUGGAUACUUUUAGUGAUUCUUCGUCUUAUUCAGAAUUACUGUCUAGACCCAUAACCAAUAAUGAUGAACUGAUAUUAUUCGAAAGCAAUUCUGAUUAUUUUGAAGAGUCUCAGAAUUCAGAAUAUGAUAGUCAAAUUGAUGAUAAUAAAGGUUAUUUAUGA